AUGUUCCUAGGUCUUCUCAAGCGGGCGUCUCGCAUAGUUGAGCAACGCGCCUUACCAGCUGGCUGUUUAGCUCUGCCGUCUCCUGCUGGUGAGCCUGACACUGAAGUUCUCAUUUAUUCAACAGAAGCAAAAGCAACAAUCUGGAGUGCGAAUUCGAUGGCAUGUGUAAAGACUGCCUCUGUUGCAAUUGGGAACGGUGGCGUGCUUCAGUUGGCUUUGGUCCAGGAUUGGGCCAACGCUGCAGAUGCGGAGGGGAAAUUCCGGCCGGUUCUUCUCGGCGCCUGUAAGGAGCAACUCCUAGGCAUAUUCCAACUUCCACUUGACGGCGAUCCCUUCAAGAGUGUAAGCGUAGUCGCACAUGCUGGGCAAAUCGUCGCUGUUGCAGCAUCAGCUCCCCACAAUGGACAUACUAUGCUUUUCUCCUGCGGGGGAAGCGACUUCACGGUUCUCCAGUGGAGGGUGAACCAUGAGGCGGUUCAGAGAUCGUUCCGAAAAGGCCCACCAGGAGUGGAAUCAAUUCUUUCUCGUAUCCCUGGCAAGAGUCUUGGAAAAUUCUACCGCACAGCCAAAGAAUUCUUCUACUACUCUCAAUUGCGUAGCCAAGGGGAACGGACGACACGCAGCAGGCGCCUUGGAGGCACUGUGCCAGUCAGAGAGCUCCCAAACCUUCUGUGUGCUAUGGGUGAGGCGCCAACGCAACUGGAUCUGCAUAACCUUUUAAGCGAAUGCCGUGGUACUCAUGGCAUCAUGCAUCGACAGGUCACAGCUGCCACAUCAAAAGGAGGGGUGGAAACGCCUCCAAAACCUGGCAACAUCACUUUUGAACGUUUUCUCGAGUUGUACCUCAACCAACGAAUUUCCCGUCCAUUUCAAUACUCUGACGUACUUGAUGCAUUCAAGCAAUUGAGUAAAGGCAAGGACGGAGGCGAGAUAUCACCCGACACCUUGACAAAACUGCUCACAACGAUGCGCACAGAAUUCAUGUUGGGACAGCGCCUCCAUGCGCAUUUGGCUCCGCAGGUGCUAACAGGCUCUCCUUCUCUCUCCUUACUUUGCUCCCGUGGCAAUGUAUCUGGGGAUUUCUUCGCUCGUCGUGUCCUUCAAAUGGAGCCUACGACUGCCUUACCAGGGUCCCACAACUAG